AGUUUCACUGGCCACCCUGUGUUCCUGGCAACGGCAUCUUCAGUGUGGGCACCCAGCUGUGACAGCCGUGUGCUCAUUGAGCAUGGUCCCGUAGUCUUCUGGGAGCUAUCACAUGUCCUACAAGACUACGGGGAGGGAGGGGGGAGGACAAAUUCCACUUCUGAUUGCAAAGGCGAUCACAGCGGAAGUGGGAGCGGGUACCUGUCAAUUUCAGGUACCCGCUCCCCAAAGCUCCCCAAAGCUGUCAAUCCUUAAUGGGGAGCGGGGGAGCAGUCCUUAAAGUGGAACUUCCCCUUUUGGGUGGAGCUCCGC